AUGUCUCCAUCAUUCUCUAAGCUGGGCGCUUUUGCCCUGGCUCUUGCCUCUGGCGUCACUGCCACUCAGAAGUACGUCCUCUCCGAGGAGUACACACCAUCCAACCUUUUCGAGAACUUCGAGUUCAUGGAGUUCAAGGGGAACGACGAAGACCCCAACAGGGGACAUGUACGGUAUCAAAGCCAGGCCGACGCCCUCCAGCUUGGUCUCAUCGAUCCCGUCAAUACCGACGACGUUUUCAUCGGUGUCGACUACACCAAGUGGGCCGAACAUGGCCGUGAGAGUGUCAGAAUCGAGAGUUUGAACUCGUACAACAAGGGUCUCUUCAUCGCCGAGUUUACUCACUUGCCCAAGGCCGUUUGCGGUGCCUGGCCAGCUUUCUGGCUGACUGGUGAGCAGUGGCCCACGCAUGGCGAGAUUGAUAUCUAUGAGGGAUGGAACUUGAACCCGCAGAACAAGGUCGUUGGCCAUACCGAGGUGAAGACCGCUGGUGUGUGCAAGAUUGACACUGAUAUCAGCUCUGGCUUCGUCCAUUACCCUGACUGCGAUGUCGUGGCCGAGGGCCAGCCCAUCAACGCUGGUUGCGCACUUGAUGAGGGUAACAAUCUCUUUGGUAACCCCAACGGUGGUAUCUGGGCCACUGAGUGGACUGAGACCACCUUCAAGGUCUGGAGCUGGGCUCGCGGCGCCGAGCCCCGGGAUGUCGCCAGUGGAUCGCCCGAUCCUCUGAGCUGGGGGCCCCCUAGCUUCGCUCUUACUCCCAAGAGCUGCGAUGUCAGAAGUGCCUUCAAGGAUAUGCGCAUGGUCCUCAACAUCAACUUCUGCGGUGAUGCUGCUAGUAACACCUGGAACAUUGGUGGCAGUGACUCUUGCGCUGCCAAGACUGGCUAUGCCGAGUGCUACAAGUAUGUCAGAGAUCACGGCGCUGACUUUGAAGACGUUUUCUGGAAGGUCAAGGGCAUCAGCGUCUACCAGCUUGAGGAUGCCGCUACCUCUACCAGCACCACUGUUUCCAGCACCACCAGCACCACCGAGACUGUGACCUCUGCUGAGCCUACCGUGACCGAGACUGCCUCUGAGACUGUAUCCGAGGAGCCUACUUCCACCAUCACCUCCGACUCUGAGGAGCCCACCGCUACCGAGACGGCUACUGAGACUGCCACCGAGUCUGCCGCCGAGUCUGCUACCGAGACUGCCUCCGAGACUGUUACUGAGACCACCUCCGAGUCUGCCACCGAGACUGUGGAGGUUACCACUACCAGCGAGACCGCCACCACCACUGACGGCCCUGAGCCAACCCUGACCACCGAGGCCCCCGAGACCACCACCACCGCCAGCCCCGGUGAUGAGGAUGAGGAUGACGUCUGCUCGGAUGACGAGGAGGAGACCACCACCACCGAUAUUGCUACUGCUACUGAGACCGAGACCGUCGAGCAACCUACCGAGACCGCUGAGCCUACUGGCGAGCCCACCGAGACUGCUGAGCCUUCCGCUGAGCCCACUGAUGCUGAGACCACUGGCGUUGACCCUACCGAGACUGCCGUCCCCACCGAGACCGGUUCCGACGAGGUCACCACCACUGCCCAGGAGUUCACCACCUCGACCAUCUUCGCCACCGAAACCUUCACUGUUACCUCGUGCGCUCCCAGCGUCACCUCUUGCCCCGGUCGCGUCGUGACCUCCGUUGUCGCCAUCGGCACCACCGUCUGCCCCGUCACUCCCACCGUCACCGCCAACCCUGAGCCUACCGAGACCGCCACUCUCCCUGACGGCUGGACCACCUCCACCGUCUACGCCACCGAGGUCAUCACCGUCUCUUCCUGCCCUCCCACCGUUGUCGACUGCCCCAGCCACGUCGUGACUUCCAUUGUUGCCGUUGGCACCACCGUCUGCCCUAUUGGUAGCGCCACCGUUCCGGGCGAGGGUGUUCCCACCGACGUCCCUACCGUCGGCGUGCCUGGCGAGGGCGUUCCUGGCGAGGGUGUCCCUACUGAUGUCCCUACCGGCGGUGUUCCCACCGGUGGCAUCCCCAACAUUGACACCACCCUCACCACUCUCUUCACCUCGACCGGCACCAGGACCGUCACCCUCACCGGCGAUGUCGAGCAGUCCACCAGCGUUCCCCCCGUUGUCGUCCCCGUCCCCACCGGUGGUGCCCCCAUCAACAGCGGAAACAACGGCACUUUUGUACCCCAGCCCCCCACCAAGCCUGCGUAUACCUACUCUCCUGAGGUUACGCUCCCCUUGGUGCCCAUCAACGAGCAGACUCCCGCUCCUGGGCCUACCAAGCUCCCGAUUGUUGAGGUGAACGGUGCGGGCAGGAUGGCUGUUGGUGGGUUGAUGGGUGUGGUUGCUGCUUUGGCGCUUGUGCUUUAA